UUGAUAUGUCUGCCGCUGGGUUUUAAUGAUUAUUUCUGCGGGUUUUAGUGUUUCAGAGAGACUGUCCUCCCGCGGUCCGGCCUGAUGGAAAACCCCAGAGACCUGGUGGAGCGUCCGUCCAGGAAGCGCCGGGACUCCUUUGGGAUGUUGGACGGUUUGGAGGAGGACCGGAGCAGCUGCAGCACCGAGUCCAGCGGGGGGAGCGGAGCCUCCAGUCCAGAGGACAGCGAGGACGAAGAGUUAGGAGGAGGAGGAGGAGGAGGGGGAGGAGGAGGGGGAGGGGUGACUCAACUCACCCCCACCUCCUCCUCCUCCUCCCUGACACUCAUCAAGACGAAUGGACAGGUGUACACCUAUCCUGACGGGAAGGCGGGCAUGGCGACGUGUGAGAUGUGUGGUAUGGUGGGAGUCAGAGAUGCUUUCUACAGUAAAACCAAACGUUUCUGCAGCGUCUCCUGCUCCAGGAGUUACUCCUCCAACUCCAAGAAGGCCAGCAUCCUCGCCAGACUGCAGGGGAAGCCUCCCACUAAAAAGGCCAAGGUUCUUCAGAAACAGCCUCUGAUGACUAAACUGGCGGCCUACGCCCAGCAUCAAGCCAACCAGCACAGCGGCGUGAAGAAGAGCGUUCCCGUGGAGAUGUUUGACUGGGGUCGUUACCUUGGAGAUGGCGAUGUGAUGGGAGCGCCAGUCAGCUGCUUCAAACAUGUCCCGAUGGGGAGGUCGUGGGGUGACAUCAGCGAAGGUGUUAGGGUCGAAGUCCCAAACACUGACAGUGGUCUGCCCAUGAAGGUUUACUGGAUCGCUGGCAUCAUUAAACUGGCUGGUUUUAAAGCUCUGCUGCGAUACGAAGGUUUCGACAGCGACUCCACCAGAGACUUCUGGUUGAACCUGUGUGUGCCGGACAUCCACCCGGUGGGCUGGUGUGCAGCUGGAGGAAAACCUCUGGUCCCCCCCCAGACUAUCCUUCACAGGUUCACCAACUGGAAAACCUUCCUGAUUAAAAGACUGACGGGAUCCAAAACACUGCCGCCAGACUUCUCCUCCAAGGUGCAGGAGAGCAUGCAGUUUCCCUUUAAGAAGCAGAUGAGGGUGGAGGUGGUGGAUAAGACUCACCUGUGUCGGACUCGGGUCGCUCUGGUGGAACAGGUGAUCGGCGGCCGUCUCCGACUGGUUUACGAGGAGUGCGACGACGGGACGGACGACUUCUGGUGUCACAUGUACAGUCCUCUGAUCCACAGCAUCGGCUGGUCUCGAUCCAUCGGACACCGCUUCAAACGCUCUGAUGUGUCAAAGAAGCUGGACGGGCAGCUGGACGCUCCGGGACAGCUGUUUGCCAAGGUGAAGGAGGUGGAUCAGACCGGCUCGUGGUUCGAGGACGGGAUGAAGCUGGAGGCCAUCGACCCUCUGAACCUGUCGGCCAUCUGUGUGGCCACGGUCAGGAAGGUCCUGGCUGACGGGUAUCUGAUGAUCGGCAUCGACGGUUCAGAGGCGGCGGACGGUUCAGACUGGUUCUGUUACCACUCCAUGUCUCCCUCCAUCUUCCCCGCCGGCUUUUGUGAGAUCAACAACAUCGAGCUGACCCCCCCCAGAGGUUACACCAACCUCCCCUUCAGAUGGUUUGAGUAUCUGAAGGAAACCAAGUCUGUGGCUGCUCCGGUCACCCUCUUCAACAAGGACGUCCCCAACCACGGUUUCCGCCCCGGUAUGAAGCUGGAGGCCGUGGACCUCAUGGAGCCCCGGCUGGUGUGCGUCGCCACGGUGACCCGCAUCGUCCACCGGUUGCUACGGAUACACUUUGACGGCUGGGAGGACGAGUACGACCAGUGGGUGGACUGCGAGUCACCCGACCUGUACCCGGUCGGCUGGUGUCAGCUGACUGGAUACCAGCUGCAGCCUCCUGCUGUUAACGCAGGUUCCAGAGAACUGCAGUCAGCAGCGUCCAAACAGAGGAAGAAGUCCCAGCAGUACAAGGGGCAAAAGAAAAAGAGGAAGUUGCCCGUUGCCAAGCGACCUGUCAGUCUCUCUGGUGCCGUGGUAACAGGCGUCCCCAGGAACCUAUCAGGAGAUGAGAACGAGACUCCGCCAGAUUACCCAUCACCCCCUACACCUGCUUCAGCAGCCCAACCCCUCUCUGCAGACCUAGAGAGCAGCCCUAAUACGGAGGGGGGGGCAGGUUCACAGAUUAAAGAGGAGAACACUGAAGGGACAGAUUUAUGUUCUGAAAGGACUGAAACAGAAACCAACGGAUCCUCUGGAGAUUUCUUCACCAACCAGGACCAGUAG